CCAUGCUCUGUGCUGUCAUUUGAAACCAAGAAGGUUAGAACUGUUAGAAGUGACGGCAUUAUAAUUUUGUCUCUGAGUAAUUUUUAUACUCAAAAUAAGAUUGUUGCAGAGCAAUGAGUGAUAUUAAGAAAACUUCUUGUAGGCUUUGCCUUAAAUAUAUAACCGAUGAAAGUUUUGAAGUGAUAGACGACGUUAUUAGAGAUAUUCUAGAUGGUCUUUUGCUGAACUUGAAAAUUGAUAGCGGGAGCAAAGAGGUUAUAUGUAACGUUUGCAGAAGAAAAUUAAAUGCUGCGUCAGAAUUUAAAUCGACAUGUCUGAAUACCGAUAACACAAUUAUGCUUUAUGCGGAUAGCGAGAAAGCAUUACAGCUCGACUUAAGAGAAGUAUACAUGCAGGAAAAGAAAAGUGGAUUAGUUUGCAGUCAGAAAAUAUGUCGAUUGUGUCUGCACCCAGUAGAAAGGGAGUUUAGGUGCAUACGUGAAGAGGAACUUGAAGCUAUUGAGAAAUUGGCUCCUGAAAUGAUUAUAAGCAUCGUCAAAGAUCCCGUUGCAUGUAAGCCAUGCUUGGAUUCUCUGUGUACUCACAACAGUUUCCUUAAAGAUUGCUUAGAGGUAGAGGAACAAAUUAAUAAUACUUUUGAAUCUUCGGCCGCAAAACAUCCAAUAGAUACGUCCCCACUUGAUUUAUUCAUUAAGACUGAAAACUUGGACAAGGAAUUCAAUAUUAACGAGAUGAAAAUGUCAAUCAAAGCCGAAAGUAUCGACAUAAAAUCGGAAGAUGAAAGGAGCGAUACGCUACUGCAGAACUCCCAUAUCGUACCAUUCGAGGAGAGUGACUGUAAAGAUGAAUGUAUUUACGAAACUGAAAGUGAGAUCUGUCUUACGAUAAACGAGAACGAUUUGGAAGCAUAUAAAUGUGAAUCGUACGAGUGUGAAACAGAAAAUAACAAAUUACUGCAUAGGCAAAUGUUGGGGCAUAAAGAUCCUUCACAGAAUCAAAUGUACAGGUGCAAUGACUGUGAUUUUAAAACUAAAUACACCCAGAAUAUCAAACGACACCAACUGAAACAUAAAGAUCCUUCGCAGGAACAAAUGUACAAGUGUAACGACUGUGAUUACAAAACUAUAUACAAGCGAUAUAUCAAGCAGCACCAAUUGAAACAUAAAGAUCCUUCGCAGGUUCAAAUGUACAGGUGUAAAGAUUGCGAUUACGAAACUAAAUUCAGGAGUUAUAUCAUACGGCACCAACUGAAGCAUAAAGAUCCUUCGCAAGUGCAAAUGUAUAAGUGUAGCAAGUGCAACUACGAAACUAAAUACAAGAAUGGUAUUAAACAGCAUCAAUUGAAGCAUAGGGAUCCUUCGCCAGUUCAAACAUACAAGUGUAACUACUGCGAUUAUGAAACCAAUUACAAGAGCGGUAUUGGAUGUCACAUGUUGAUGCAUAAAGAGUCUUCAACCGAGCAUUAGGAAACUUUGAGGAGACCUCAAUUGAUGCACAAAUAAAGGUUUGCAGUGAUACGCUACUGCAGAGCUCCCAUAUUGUACCAUUCGAGGAGAAUGACUGCAAAGAUGAAGAGGAUGGAUGUAAACAUGAGAAUGAAUCAGAAAUGAAAGUCAAGCAAGACGACAAAGGAUUGUACAAAUGUGAUGAAUGCAUUUACGAAACUUGAAGUGAGAUCCGUUUUACGGCACACUGUGCGAGACACGAGAACGAUUUGGAAGUGUAUAAAUGUGAAUCGUGCGAGUAUGAAACUGAAAAUAAGAAAUUACUUCAGAGGCACCUGGUGGGCAUAAAGAUCCUUCGCAGGUUCCAAUGUACAUUUGUGACGACCGGGAUAAUAAAACUAAAUACAAGUUUGCUAUCAAACUGCACCAACUGAAACAUAAAGAUCAUUCACAGGUUUAAAUAUAUAGGUGUGACGACUGCAAUCACGAAACUAUAUAUAAGAGGAAUAUCAAAAAGCAUCAGUUGAAACAUAAAGAUCCUUCACAGAUUCCAAUGUACAAGUGUAACAGCUGCACAUACGAAACCAAAUACAAGUGUUAUAUCAAACAGCACCAACUGAAACAUAAAGAUCCUUCACAGGUUCAGAUGUACAGGUGUAGCAACUGCGAUUAUAAAUCCAAAUACAGGGGUGGCAUAAAAUAUCACAUGUUGAAGCAUAAAGAGUCGUCAUAAAUGCAAUUGUUCUUUGCUAACAACCAAGCCUAGGGAGUCAAUGAGGCGACCUCAGUUGAUGUACAAAGAAAGGUUCGCAUUCCACAGCUGCAGCGCUUUAACUUGCAUCAAGAUUGUAGGGUUCCAUGCUUACCUUCCAAACGAAAAAGGGUUCCACAUUCGAAAAAGUUUGAGAAACACUGGUAUAGAGAAUGGAAAAUUUUUAAAAUCGACUGUUGGGUUCUCAUUGUCUCAAGAUUUCAUUCCUAUUAAUCCAAUUAUCUUGUCCGGCAAUUUAAAAAAAAAUCAACAUUCGUUUUUUAGUACUAAAUGUACUAUUGUAAACAUUUUGAUAUAUUUUGCAAUUCAUUAUUUUACUUUGACACUCCUUUUACAAUUUAAGGUAAACUUCGGGACAUUCUGCCGUUUAAUUUUUGUUCGCUAUCAACCCAAUAUGGGUCUCUAUUUAAAUUACAACCCAUCUUUAAAUUUUGGCCCAGGGUAGGCAAUUUGUGAGUAAUUCCUCACAUUUGUGAGUAUUUUGCUACUCUGUAAUUUUGUGUGUAAAGUGUCAUUGUGAGUAAUCGGGAGGUCAGCAUAGAUAUAUUUUGUUCUUAAAAAUCUUAGUUUAAGCCUAACUUUACGUGUUGUAGCAAUGCCAUUGCCUAAAUUUGGAAUAUAAAGCGUUAAGAAUCGAUGUUAAUUCCAAAUAUUUUUUUCUUAAAACCUCCAAUAAAUAUUUUG